AACGCAACGAUCCCGUACAGGGCCACACGGCCCUGGAUGCACCCUUUAUGCUACUUAGCCGCAUUCCCUACGCAUCUAAUUGAUUCGUCCUCAAUAAUUCCGUUUGUUUGUGCCGUUUGUGACAAGAAGCACCGAGUUGUGCACGAGAUUGGUGGAAAAAGCUCGGGCCCAUGGAUAAACAGCACGCUUUUCGCCUGAAACUGUACGUUUCAUAGUAUAAGGGACGUUGAGUGUUCUAGAACAUGGAGGUGGCAAUGCCCAUGACUGGCAGUGCAAUAGACUGCUACGAAGACAUGUUUAAAGAAAUCACCAGAAAGUUGUACGGUGAGGAUGGGCUUCCAGACCUGACCACAACUGAAAGAUUACCGUCUACGGGAACCGAUCGUGGACUGACCCCUAUCGACUACGAGGUGGAGAACCCAAUUUUGAAACCCGAAGAGCAUUUGACAGCCUUCGGACUGGCAGCCCUCAUGCAAAAUGGGUUCUCGGCUAGUGGGAUACUGAACAGCACGUUUCCCAGUCACAAAAGUGCAAUCGGGUUAAGCCUUAAUGCUCCUCUUUUAGAAGACAAAUGGUUAAGCAGCGAGGAGUCCUUGCAAUGGACCCAAUCAAAAAUAGCUACGUACAAUCCAUCACAAAAACUAUUUAGAUGUUCCGAAUGCGAAUCGGUAGGCUACCUUCACCGAGUCGCCGAGCAUUGGUUAGGAACGCAUUCGAAUUUAAGAGCUUUCCAUUGUCCUCAAUGUUCGUACGAGAGUGCUUGGGCUAGAUGUGUUAGAAUACAUUUAGGUAGACAGCAUAACAUCAAUAUCGACGAGUCAUGCGAGGCUUUAACCAAAGACAACCCUGUCCUGCAAGACAUUAUAAAAUAUCUUCAAAGGCACAAAAAUAAAAUUGAUGCUGGAAACGGUGGCAAAGCUGGUUCAACCAACUCCUCGAAUCAUACAGUGUCCUCUGAAGAAUAUCAUAAUUUAGCUUCUACAAGUGCGAUUCCUGGAAACAUCUCCCAGGGAUCUAGUGCGUCUAAUUCUGAAGCGCCGUUAUCAUCAAAUAAAAGGUAUAGUUGUUCUUAUUGUCCUUAUGCUACAGAUAGAAGAGAUUUAUUUACCAGGCAUGAGAACAUCCACCGCGAAGAGAAACCUUUCCAAUGCUACGUCUGCCAGAAGCAAUUCAACCGAGCCGAUCACGUUAAGAAGCAUUUUUUAAGGAUGCACCGUGACCAUCCCUACGAUUUGAACAGGAUCCGAAGACAUCCUCCUAAAAAUGCCUCCGGGAUGUCCUACUAUCAGAAAUAUAACUCCACUUCCCCAGCCGUACCCCCAGAGCCAAUGAACUCUUUGUCAACUAUAAGUUCGCUAUCAAUCCCCGGAUUGAAUGGUGUUUCUAGAAGCCCAACAAUAUCCGGGGUUCGGCCGGCAGAUGCUAAAACUCUGGGCAAAUCAAAUUUAAGUUCGAAGACUAGUAAAAAGAAAGGAGAGAAAAGAUUUACUUGUUGUUAUUGCUCCUGGUCUGGAGUAGACAACUGGUGUUUAAAGAGGCAUAUGAAUACACAUUUAAAGCCAUUUGUCUGUGGUCUCUGUGACUACAAGGCAGCAAGGUCAGAAAGACUGUCUACUCACGUGCUUAAAGUGCACAAUAAAAGAGCUUGUGCAAAAUGCAAUUUCUUAGCGGAUGACUUGCCACAACUGACUGCUCAUCAACAAGAACAACAUCCUUUGGAAAGUAGAAAUAGAGCUUUGAAUGGAACAUCAAGCACAAACACAGGUGGAAAUAUUCUCAGGACAAAUGCUUUUAAUACAUCUACUACACUUUCUGCUACAGUUACGUCUUCGAUGGCAACUACUAACACGAACAACAGUAAUCCUCUUUGUGGUCAGGCUCCGAGCAUUUUGAAAAACAGCGAGCUGACAGCCGCCGCAGCACAAAUCCUACAGCACAACCGCUUCCUUCACAACGAAGUAAAGUCCUGGAAGAGCCAGCUUCCCAAGCAGCACGGGGCAGCUCGACUCUUCAACUACAUGGAAGCCAGCGAUGGUUCCGAGCCCGAAUCCGACUCGCCUCCAAGGAGUAGCACGGCGGAGGACAUGUCCAACCGAAUCAACUUGACCCACCGAAUCCAGUCGGAUUUUCUUGAAGCGGGAGGUGUGGAAACCAGUCAACCGGACGCAGAAGAAGAAGCAGGAGAGGAAACAGAGCUUCCCUUGUUCGUCUGCCAGACGUGCGGCUGCGAGUUCGAGGACGAUUUGUCUUUGGAAACGCAUCAGUUUACCCACCGUCACGUCACCACAUCUCCCGCAAAAAGCGAGGACGCAAAGGAGAACGUUGACCCUCACCGCAAGUACUGUUGCAAGCUCUGCAACGCUUCAUUCGAAAGACAGAACAGCAUUAUGGUGCACAUGGCCGUUCACACAAGCUUGACAGCUAAAUCUGUUGUGCAGCCAGUGCCUCCGAGCACUGGCUCCAACAAAAGAAGUAGGAAACAAAGCAAACCGAAGAAGGUAGUUGUUCCAUAUUGGGAUUCGGAUGAAGUCGAGGUCCUGAGGCACCUCAACAGUAAACUGAGAAAGUGGAAAGGGUUCUUAACUUCUGAGGCACCACUCAACACCAGCAAGUUAGUCGAUAAGUACAUGGCUCAGCUGGUGACACGAAAAGGGCUGAUCUGUAGGAUCUGUAAGCAUAAUGGGGUGAGUCGGUAUCACACGAAAACAUCUCUGGCCCUUCAUAAUUACUGGAAGCAUUCCAGGAAAAGGUUUCGAUGUGAACACUGUAACAUGACUUUUAAACAUCGAUAUCAAACCAUUUUACACUCUAGCAGAGUUCAUACUGAACAGAGCAGUUUGAAACCAACAAGUUCUUCGGGGAACGUGGCAGUUAUAAUGCCACAAAUCAAGGAGGCUACGCAUUUGUCUUUGGACAGUGUGUCUGGCACUGACAUCAAUUCGUUUACAAACUUUUUUAAUACUUCACAUAACGUUGGCGUACCUGAUGCAAAUAUGUCAAAUGCCCAUAAAUUGGGGAUGUCAUUUUUCGACCACUCAUUUAUCCACAAUAAUGUUGUUAAUAACCACAUGCCUAUUAUUAUUCCAACAUUUCAACCAAAUUAACAAACAUGAAUUCACUUUAAAAUAUUUUGCAGUUAAGAACUAAUAAUAGUCGCUCGACAAAGUUAAAUUCUUUUAUAUAAUUAUUAGUAAGUCUUUUGACCUGACAAUAUCAAUUUUUUUUUAUCUCUAGAGCUGAUAGUUAAUGAUUUUUGAACAAAAUACAUUUUGCCAAUUAAUCGACUAUUGUUAAGUUCUUGUUACUCUAUGUUUAGUGUAUUUGGUCUGUUUUUUUUUAAAUAUUUUUUUGAGAACUACUCCUUUUAUUUGAUUAUUUAAUAUGUUUUGGCCAUUUAUCACUUCAGUACUACAACUACAAGUAUUCAAAUGAAGACAAAGUUGUUUCAAAAAACUGUAAAAAAAUAAUCGAUCUAAAAGUGACCUUCCAAAAUGAAAUUUUGAAUAGAGAGUUCUGUAGAAUGGUUGUGUUACCGAAUGUUUAAAUUUUAUUUUAAUAUUGUAGCAUACUAAAAGGGUACUUAAAUGUUCGGUGAUGCAAAGAAUCAUAGUUUUUAUAAAAUAUACGAUAAAUUAGCCAUAAAUAUGUUUAGAAUUUUUUGGUGCAAUAUGUUCGAAUCUUUUCCUUGUUUUCUUGUUAUAUGAAUGUGAAUUAUUUAAAUAUUUUAGUUUCUGUAUAUACGUCCAUAUUUACAAAAUAACUCAAAGUACUAAAUAUCAUUGUUGUUUUUUCUUCAUUUUUUUAUUUACAGAAUACAUGUGUUAUUUUUUUAACCUUGCGUUUUUGGUGUUAUUGUUUUUACUAGUAUUUCUG